AUGGAUGGUAGAAAGGAUGAAGCAGCAAAAUUAUUGCUUACAUCAUGGGAAGAAAUUAUACGAAAUAUUUUAAUACCAGAAUAUGUGGUCCGAUUAACGGAAGAAAUUGUGGAGCGUAAGAAAAAAUGGGAAUCGAAUAGAAAUAACAAAAAUGAUGAAUAUUUACGGGAAGAAUUUGAAGAUGGUGUAUUAUAUAUAAAUGUUGAUAACGAACAAGUGAUAUAUGAUAAGCCGAAUAAAAUCAUUGAAUGGAUGUUAAGAAGAGAAGAAAUUGAGAAUAUCAGCCAAAUGAUCAAUGAUAAAAAUAAAAUGAGGCAAAAGAAUGAUAAUGAUAAGGAAAUUAUGGAAAGAGCUGCAACCAAAAUUCAACAAUGGUGGAAAAAGCGUUUAUUCUGGAAAAAUUUCGAAGAACUAAAAAGAUCCGAUAAGCCGUCAUUGCGAGUAGUGCGACGUCUUAUUCCAUUAUUGUUGCAUCGAUGGAAUGAUGGAAGGGAAGAUAAAGAACUGGAAGAAAAUCGAUUGUAUGCAAUAAAAUUAAUUAAUGCUAAUCGAUAUUUGGAAGAAAAAAUGAUUGAUUUGAAUGAUAAAAUUGCGAAAUUAUCAAUUAACGAAAUACAAUUUCAGGAUUUACAAAAUUCUUUGAAAAAUAUUAUUACCGAAGCAGAGAGAAAGGUGACAGCUGACAAGCUAUUAUCAGUUGAUAAGAAAGAUAGAAUGAAAUUGAAUCGCUAUGAAAUUAUUUUUUUCUAUUUACAAACAGAAGUGGAAUAUCUAGCAAGAUUGAUGGGUAAAUAUAGCAAUGAUAUGAACGCAUUGUCCGAUUUAUUCCGAGGAUCCGUUUUACCGGUUUAUAGUUAUGGUAUGAGUAACCGAGAAAUGUCAUUAUUAGCCUUAUUGUUAGCGAAAUAUCUUCAAGAAGAAAUCAAACAACUAAACAAUCCAUUUGAUUUCCGAAAUUCCUCCUCAUGUGUUAUUUUGCAAAUACUAAUAGAGUCGUAUACUAGGAUGGAAUUACAACGAUUACAAAUAGCGGAACUUAAUCAAAAAUUGGAUUAUGCCGAGUAUCGUAAGAAAUAUUUCAAUCUUAAUCCGAUAUAUCUUUUUGAAUCGAUAACCGGUAUCAAACCGAAGAAUAUUGAUGAAGCAAUGAGUAACAGUACAGUAAUCAAGAUUUUUAAUGAUAGUAAGCAAUUCCUAAUGCAUUGGGCUAAUGUUUAUGCUGAUAUUCUCUUCGGAAAAGUGAUCGAAUAUCCCGAUAUCGUACGAUACAUAGCUGUAUCCGCAAGAAAUGAUUUGAAGAAACGAUUUCCAACGGAAUCUGAUGCUAUCAUUAUACAGGCAAUCAGUGCUUGGCUCUACAAAGGCUGUUGGAUGAAUGUAAUUAGUGCUGAAAAUCUGGAUGUGAUAACCGAAAAAUCAAAAGAAUAUCCUGCUUUAGCAUUCCGUAAAACAAUCAGUAAAUUCAUCGAAUAUAGUAUUUUAAAUUUUGGUUAUGGCGCUGAAAAAUAUUGGUUAAAUUCAUUAAAUGAAGCUAUUACGAAAAUUAACGCUAUUUCAGAAUGGCAUUUUAUGAAAUUUAUUGUGCAAAAUCCGCCUGUUUAUAGUUAUAACAUUGAGGAUAAGGAAUGGGAUAAGUAUGGACCAUAUAAGCCUGUGCUUCACAUAACAAUGCAUCAACUUCGUGUCACUCUUCAACGACUUCAAAAUGAUAUCAAUGAGGUAAUUCCACAGAAUUCACGAUUAAACCGAUUUAUUACUGAUACAUUACUACCGGAUGAUAACAUGGAACAGUAUGUAACAUUUCAUUUGCAUCCUUUUAUUCCGGACGAAAUUGAUAAUAAUGAUAAAUUGCUUCGAAGGACGAUACGAUAUGUUGAGCAAUGUUUGUUAUGCGGUUGUCCGGGUAAUAAUUUAAUACAACUUCUUGCUCGUCAUACACUUCAAAAAGAGGAAGAAGUUUUCCGGAAACUUUUACAUCACAAAAAUGAUCAGCCAACAUUGGAUGAUACGAAAUGUCAUAUUAUCCGACAAUUAAGUACCUUGGAGAAAGCUAAACGAGUAACAUCAAUAAAUAAUUAUCAAAAUAUUGUUACAGCUAUCGCUAAAGAUAUUAGCAGAGAAGAUAAUUAUCGGAAAAGCUGUCAACUUCAAUUGAUGACAAUACAUAAGUUAGUAUGUCAUCUUGAAAACACUCGGUUUAAUUAUCGGAAACGUUUGGAACGAUAUGUCAAUUAUUUGAAAAAAUUUAAUGAUUAA